AUGGCUGCAACCCAAGAACCAACAAGAAUAGGCCUUGCCGGUCUGGCUGUCAUGGGCCAGAAUCUGGCCCUUAAUAUUGCAGAGAAAGGCUUCCCCAUUUCUGUUUACAAUCGGUCUACUUCCAAAGUUGAUGAGACUGUUAAGAGGGCUAAAAAAGAGGGAGGUCUUCCCUUGUAUGGCUUUCAUGAUCCUGAAUCUUUUGUGAAGUCAAUCCAAAAGCCUCGAGUAAUAAUUAUGCUUGUUAAGGCAGGUUCACCUGUGGACCAAACCAUAAAGACUCUUUCUGCCUACUUGGAGAAGGGUGAUUGUAUCAUUGAUGGGGGAAACGAGUGGUAUGAGAACACUGAGAGGAGAGAAAAGGCUAUGGCUGAAUUGGGUUUGCUCUACCUUGGAAUGGGAGUUUCAGGUGGCGAGGAGGGUGCACGUAAUGGACCUUCAUUGAUGCCAGGAGGUUCCUUUGAGGCUUUCAAGUACAUUGAAGACAUUCUCCUUAAAGUGGCAGCUCAAGUUCCUGAUAGUGGCCCUUGUGUGACUUACAUCGGCAAAGGCGGUUCUGGUAAUUUUGUCAAGAUGAUCCAUAAUGGGAUUGAGUAUGGUGAUAUGCAGUUGAUCGCAGAAGCUUAUGAUGUACUAAAAUCAGUUGGAAAGUUGUCAAAUGAGGAAUUGCAUAGUGUUUUUUGGGAAUGGAACAAGGGUGAGCUUCUGAGCUUCUUAAUUGAAAUCACUGCAGAUAUAUUUGGGAUUAAAGAUGAUAAGGGAGAAGGAUACUUGGUUGACAAGGUUUUGGAUAAAACUGGCAUGAAGGGUACAGGUAAAUGGACAGUGCAGCAAGCUGCUGAUCUAUCAAUUGCAGCUCCUACAAUUGCAUCUUCUUUGGAUGCAAGGUUCCUCAGUGGUUUGAAGGAGGAACGAGUUGAGGCUGCUAAAGUCUUCAAAGCAGGUGGCUUUGGGGAUAUUUUGACUGAUCAAGUGGUGGAUAAGAAGCAGUUGAUUGAUGAUGUAAGGCAAGCUCUUUAUGCGUCCAAGAUUUGUAGUUACGCACAGGGGAUGAAUCUGAUCCGUGCAAAGAGUAUUGAGAAGGGAUGGGACUUGAAAUUGGGAGAACUGGCUAGGAUUUGGAAGGGUGGUUGUAUUAUUAGAGCUGUGUUUCUGGACCGAAUCAAGAAGGCAUAUGAUAGGAAUCCUGAUCUUGCUAACCUUUUAGUGGAUCCAGAGUUUGCAAAGGAAAUCAUUGAGCGUCAGUCUGCCUGGCGUAGGGUUGUGUGUGUUGCAAUCAACUCCGGUAUUAGCACUCCUGGUAUGUCCUCCAGUCUAGCUUAUUUUGACACUUACCGAAGGGAAAGAUUGCCAGCUAAUUUGGUCCAAGCUCAAAGAGAUUAUUUUGGUGCUCAUACAUAUGAAAGGGUUGAUGUGGAAGGAUCUUUCCAUACUGAAUGGUUCAAGAUUGCAAGGCAGUUGAAGAAUUAA